UCUCUGAAAUGAAAAAUCAUGGGGGUAUUGGUUAAGCAAUUUAUGCCAGAUUUCGUCAAAGAAUUCACUGUGGGACUUCUGGAGGAACACAUGGAUGAGUUUCUGAAAUAAUCUGUAACAUGAUGAUUUGAUUGGGGAAGUUUUCUUCGGAGACUGUCCUAUUAAUGUUAAAAAUUCUAGGUUCACUUACUUUUAUAACACCGCAAAAUUGCAACGAAAGGCAACCGAGCAGAUAGCGGUACAAACCUGCACUACUCGAACAGAAAGAUCGUUUCGCAAAUACAGUAUACAACCAGUAACUACGUUCUAUCAAGUGAUUUCCGAAGGAACCCAUUGAGGAAUAUCAGAAGGAAUUUCUGAAGCAAUUCGUAAAGCAAUUCUACGGUAAAUCUACGAAGACAUUUUCAUAGGAAUCCUGAAUGAAAUUCUGAACUUUUUUAUUUUUUUGGGACAUUUAUGCAAAUGUCGUUAUUGUCCAUGUCCAUUGCUCAAAACAUUUGCUUUGAAUCAAUCAUACAUAUUUUUGGAGACAAAAGAUUUCAAUCGUAACAAGCUAGCAACAUAAGUAUGCCAAAUACUCAGAGCCUUUUAUUUAAAACUCAAUUUUCAUGCAGUUUUUAUAUGUUUUGGUACAUUUUGGUAUACAAUAUAAACAUAAACAAAAUAAAAUAAAUUGCUUCGAUUUUAUGUUACAUCCGAUCUUAUAGACAUUUCAAGCAUAAUUUUUCAAAUCGACGUAUCUAACUUUUUCACUGAUCUGAGAAAAUUCUUGGUCAAUGUUGACGACUAUUUCACUAAAAUAGUUUUUUUAUAAAAAGACUUUUCAUAAGUUUUUUUGUGCUCUGCAUCACCAGGGUUAUAGCACGCACUAGGUAAGAAACAAAACCUACUCAUUCCAUAUCAUUUUCACAAUGAAUUUUGACAAAAAUACACAUACACUGGGUUGGUUAGAGAUACGUCAUGCCAGAUACGUCGCUUUUGUAUGGUGCCAGUUUGGUGUAUCUGUUACUUCUGAUUUUGGCUAGAUACGUCGUUUGGUUUUCUCAUAUAUCAAAACGGUGUAUCUAUCAGUAAAGUUGUUAACAUCAAAAUAGUUAGAUACGUCGUUUCGAAAAAUACAUUAGUUAAACAAAUUAAGCAGUAAAUCAUCAAACAUUGAUGUGGAUUCUUUAAUUUGCUUUAUGAAUCACACAUGCAGCUGAAAACCCGGAUUUGUUUACAUUUGCAUUUACACGUCGGAUUGAAAAGUUAUGCUUGAUUUCAAAAAUUAAAAAUAUCCAAUAAAUCGAGGUAUAUCAGAUUCUGUACAUACUAUGGACAAAUAGCACAAAGCUUUUCGCAUCUUGACAUCGAUCCCUGCGUUCAAACUCGGUUGCCCUAUAAAGUUGUCCUUGGAUAAUUCACCCACCAACACCUACGACAUCACACCAAUAAUAAUAAUCAAUGGUGACAUUAUGUAACACGUGUAUGCUCUCUCCAGCCCAUUAGAAUCAGCGAAAGUAACUUAGAAUCCUCCGGCAAAGCUUAAAAAGUAUGCUGCCCAAAACGGCCAAAAGUCAAUCCGAAACUUUCGUUUCGUUUUGCACCACAUCAAUUAAGCGAGCGUGAAAUCAGCCAAUCAGCCAACCAGUGCAUAGGCAUUCAUCCUUCUUUUAAAUUCACAGCAAUCGUACAUUGGGCCCAUAGGAACCGAACAGAGAUAGUUUCAUUCAUGUUUUCCUUCUCGUGCUAUUAUCCUUCUUCGCAUGCCAAUUUCUUGUUCGUCGCAUUCGCAUUUCCCAUUCAUUUCGCAUGCAAGUUCCUUAUGGAACCAACACCACCGUGCCCAUUGUCCCAUUCAAUCAAAGCAGGCGUCCACACACACUACCGUUAUGUAGCAUGUGCGCGAGCGAGCGAGCGCGGGUGUAUCAUCGGCUACAAACACUCCCGUACGAUGUGCGGUGUGGUAACUCACUACCAGUCACUCUUUUAUCAUUAUCACGCACUAAUACAUUGACAGUUUAGAGCACAAAGUUUGACAGCUGCUGGCUAAUGCAAGGGGUGGCAGGUGGUUCAUGAAUGAGGUGGUGGAAAAACGAGGAAAAUCGUACGAUCUGUCAUCGCGCGUGAGUGGCCGUCAUCGCGUAAUGUCACUGCUGGACAUUCUCGCCUCAAAACUAACGCAGUGUUGCCAUACUUCGUCUUAUCUUUUGAAAGCAACAUUAUAAAAAAAAACAGGAAAGAAAAAGAAUAGGGGAAGAGGUGGUAAAAUGAGCAGGGGUGGUAAAAUGAGCAGGUGCUUAAAUUACGGAAUUUGGUCAAAUAAAAUAUUAUAAUCUUUAGGCCACCCAUUAUUUUACUCAUAAAAACCUUUUUGAGCACCCCUAUGUUACAUUGAGCCUUCGAAUAACAUAAAUAAUAAACAAAAACAAACCGCCCGUGCAGUUGCUUGUCUGUGAUCUAAUUUUCGGCUUGCAUUAUUUAGCGAUUUUUGUGAUGUAAACGUUCAAUUUAUCGAAUCAAACGCUACAGGACAAUAAGUUAACUUGAUACUCAGCUGUUAACAUCGAAAAUGGGACGGAUUUAUGAGAGGAAAACGGAGCGGCAAACCUGGACAGAUGAGCAGAUGGCCGCGGCAAAGCGUGCCGUUGAUCGCGGAGUAUCUGUCCGUCAUGCUGCAAUUACACACAAUAUUCCCAGGGCCACUCUCGCCAGGUGGGUUGCUUCUCCGGGUAAGAAAAGAGGACUUGGCUCGAAGAAAACGGUGUUUUCGCCAGAACAAGAGAGCGAACUGGUUCAGCAUCUUCUUGAUUUGGAGACCAGAUUCUAUGGGGUCAACAUGAAAGAUGCUCGCAAACUUGCCUAUGACCUGGCGGAGAAGAACAAGUUACCUCACGACUUCAGCCACAAACGCCAAAUGGCUGGCAGGUACUGGCUUCAAGGAUUUCUCAGGCGAAAUCCAACCGUAUCAUUCCGAAAGCCGGAAGCAACAUCCAUCGCUCGAGCUAGAGGGUUCAACAAACCCUCUGUGAAUAACUUCUACGACCUGCUGCAGAAAACUUUAGACGCCAAGCAUUACCCCCCGAAUCGCAUUUUUAAUGCGGAUGAAACUGGAGUCAAUACGGUCCCUCCGAAGAAGCUGAAAAUCGCGGCCAGGAAGGGGAAAAGGCAGGUUGGAUCGAUUACUUCUGCUGAGCGAGGAGUGCAAACAACAAUCGUGAUGUGUAUGUCCGCAACCGGGCAACAUUUGCCACCCUACGUGAUCUUCCCUCGGGUGCGCAUGCACGAUUCGUUGAAAAAAGGUGCACCGAACGGAACCAAGUUUAAUUGUAAUCCUUCAGGUUACAUGACCAGCGAGAUCUUCCCAGACUGGUUUGAUCAUUUCAUUGAAAAUACCAACCCAUCAGAAACCAACCCGGCCUUGCUGAUUAUUGAUGGGCACAGCUCUCACAAGGGUUUGGCGUUUGGGGAAAAAGCUCUGGCCAAUUUCGUUGACGUUAUUGUGUUGCCUCCACAUUGCAGCCAUAAAAUGCAGCCUUUGGAUGUGGCCUUCAUGGGCCCAUUCAAAAGCUAUUAUGCAAGUGCUUCGGAAAAUUUUAUGCGCAAAUUCCCUGGCAAAGCCAUAACGCUGUACGACGUCGCGGAAUUGAUGGGUGCGGCAUAUUUGAAAGCCGCUUCAGCAGAAGUGGCUGAGAACGGUUUCCGAAAGUCUGGCAUUUGGCCUUUCAAUAGGAACGUGUUCAGUGAUGAGGACUUUGCUCCAUCCGAAGUGACCGACCAGCCAGAAAUCCGACCAACAAAUCAGCCAGUCAAUCCCGAUCAGCCAGCAAUCGCCACCGACCAGGUAGAAGUCACGACUGUUACAUUGAUCACGGUAACUAAACCACUGGUGCUUGAUGGAUCAACAGUACAGCAGAUGCCGAGUUCAAUCAGUUUUCCUGAGUUAACCGGUAAUGACGACGAUAAUCAAGUUGAUGCCAAUCAAAUCAUCAGCGUUGAACCAAAAUCUGAAGCCUCUCCGAACUCCUCAUUCACCAUAUCACCGAAGGACAUUCUACCACUUCCGAAAAUGGCAGCUCCGAGAAAUGCAAAGCGCAAGCGUAAGGCAGAACAGGCAGUUGAAAUUACCGGAGAAAACUAUCUUCAAAGCUUAGCCACAUCGGAAGCAGCAAAGACCAUCAAGGCCAUAAAAAAAGGACGAAAAACAACGAAAAAGCGAACCAAGGUGCAGAAGAAAGCUGAGAUUUUCGAAGAUACGUUGUGCGAUCUCUGUGGUGCAACUUUUUCGGAUUCCGUUGAUGGCCAAGGAUGGAAGAAGUGUCAUUCCUGCUUGAUGUGGUUCCACACAGAAUGCGGUACGAACGAAGACGAUCUCGGAUGCCGAUUCUGCAACUGAAUAGUUGUAUUGCCCAGAAAUGGGUCUCUAAUUUUGAGGUUUUAUUUUUGCACUGAAUGUGCAAACACUGAAUAUGUGCUCGUUUUACGUUUUUCAAACUUGUUUUGUUUGUUAUGAAAUAAAUGUGGAUAUUUGAAGAAUAAAAAUAACAGCUGUGAUAUUUGUUAUGAAGAGCUGAUGAUGUUAAUAAUAGAUUAGUUUACAAUCUUUUUAUUUAACAAUAUUGUUGAAAAUUACAUGAAGUAGGUUUUUAUUUUCCAAGGUGUUCAUAUUACCACCUCCAUAUGCUCAUUUUACCACCGCCCCUUGCUCAUUUUACCCGCAUUCUAUAGAACAGUCGAUAAUUAACUCGUGUUCUGAAACACGAAAAAAUACGUGUUUUGCAAUGAAUCUGACUAAAACUUAUUAAUAUUUGUAUUAAUGUAUGAUGGCAUAAUGAUUAUCUGCCGUUUAUUUUAUGUUUUACAAUUGAAUAGUGGAAAAAAUCAAGUAAAAGCUUAAUAUGCUCAUUUUACCACCCCUUCCCCUACGUAUUUUGGCAGUUUUGUUCUCUUCGUCAUAGGGUUUUUUUUUAAACCUGUUGAACUCAAGGUUGAGUUUAAUUUUACAUUCUUUUUCAGUGCUAAUAAAUCAAAACUGCCGGAAGUCUAUCCCUUUUUAAGGAAACAUGCCAGACUGAACAAGACAAAAGACGACAGCUUGAAAACCGUGACAGUCAUAACGACGACCUACUAAAUGGUCUACUUCUAGAUUGAGUUUAAAUAAGGGCGAAAGUAACAUGAGAGAGUUCACUUCAUCAACUCUCUCUUCUGCAAUUAAAGUAACAAGAUGCAAAAUCAAUCGAACUUUGUUACACUUAGACGCUAGAUUGCAUCGCAAUCUAGCGAUUUAUGACCAAAAAGUGCAACCAUACUUGCAUCUUGUCACUUUAAUUUGAAGACGAGAGAGAGUCGAUGAAGAGAACUCUGUCAUGUUACUUUCGCCCUUAUUUAAAUUCAAUCAAGACUUGAUCGGACACAUUGGCUUAUCACGUGGUCGUCAGCUUGCAUGCGUUCUUGGUAUGCGUUUGUGUAGGGAUUGAGGAUUGUUCUCGAUGGCUGUUGUUUCGCAAUUACAAAAAAAACUUUGUAUGCAACUCGUUGCAAAACUACACACUUAGAAAUUCUGAAUUUUGCACGAAACGGAAUUAUCAAAGAAUGUAAACGUUUUCAAGACGGAAUCACAAAUGGAACUCAAUUUUACGCGCAUCAUGUAAGUGCUGGUUGGUUGCGUUAGAUGUCAACAAAUUCGUUUCACCAGAAACGUAGAAUCAGUAUCACUUUCAUCACCCACCUUCUAACUCGGUGAAAUAGCCGAGAGGUAAGAGAUGUGACUCACGAUCAGCAGAUCCUAUGUUCAAAUCCAGCCAUGGGAUUAUUUUACUUUUCAAUGUUUUAUCUGUCAAAUCGGUUCUAGCGAUUGCUAGAGGCUAAGAAAAAUAAGUUGUAUUUUGGGAUGUCUUGAAAGACGUAAAUUUACAUGUUUCAACCUCUAAAUUUGUGUUUUUGAAGAUGCUCGUAUAUGUCAGGUUCAGGACACUUAAAAUUACAUGAUAUUUUCUAGGUGUGUAGACUUUUUCAGCACUCGUCAUAUUUGUAUGACUCAUGCUGAAAAAUAUCAUCAUUGUGCAACUUGUUGCAUAAAUAACUAUUAUGCAAUUCAGUAUCAUAAUUUCUAUUUUAUUUAUCUUAUUUCGGUAUCAUCUCUCACUCUCAUCUUGGCGUAACGUUUUCAUUGGGACAAAGCCUGCUUCUCAGCUUAGUGUUCUAUGAGCACUUCCACAGUUAUUAACUGAGAGCUUCCUCUGCCAAGGAUCAUUUUUUCAUGCGUAUAUCGUGUGGCAGGCACGAAGAUACUCUAUGCCCAAGGAAGUCAAGGAAAUUUCCUUUACGAAAAGAUUCUGGGCCGACCGGGAAUCGAACCCGUCACCCUCAGCAUGGUCAUGCUGAAUACCCGUGCGUUUACCGCCUCGGCUAUAUGCGUUGCGUUGCGUUGCGUGGUAACGGAGUAAUUCGUAUAUUGCAUACUGAAAGUUGCCAUGUUAAAACUUUAAUACUCCUAUUCUGAUUGCUUAUGGAAUGCUAUUUGGGAAGAAACAGCUAUCCAAUCAGAGGUGGAAGUAAAAAAGACAUGAGAACUUCCAUUGCCGGCCACGCCCAUCUUCUCCGUUACGAGGAUAGGAAAGGAUGUGCUGAUAUGACACCUACUUUACAAGAGGUCAGCGACUCACCGACACUCCCAUAGGUGUCAAGGAGUUGGAUAUUUGGAAUGGGGUGAUUUGGGAAUCACUAUAAGCGAGUGAUGCGACAAGAUUCGGUUUGUGUAAGUGUAUUUGAGUAAAUCAUGUAGAUGUGUUGGAGUAAGUGAAGUUGUUUUAGUAUAUUCAAACACCAACGUUGGGAGUGACAUAGCUAAGAAAUUUUGUCACUCCAUGGGCCUUUUUGCUUCCGGGAUGGGGCACAGGCAUUUACACUGUGUCCUGGCUAACAAGCCUAGGCUUAAGCUUAAGCUUAAAAUUUAGAGGAAUCCCGGAUUGAAAUUCCUUUAGGUAUCCCCAGUAGGAAUUCCUGGAGUAAUCUCUAAAGGGAGCUCCUGGAAGAGCAAAUCUCACUGUAUUCUCACUGAAUUAUACAGUAGUUCCUUCCCAGAAUCCUCUGACAAUUUUUCCCACUACCAAUAGACCAAAAAUCCUCCAACAAUUAAUUUUGGAGAAUCUUCCUUACCGGAGUUUCCGCCAGUAAUUGCUUCUGGGGAAUCCUCUAGCAAUUUCUCCUUAAGCAGUAUCUUUUGGUCAAUCCGCUAUCAGAUCCAUCUGAAAAUCUGUUGGCGAUCACUUCCGGGAAAUGUUUACGAGGUUAUCCCUUCGAUUUAUAAUAUAUGUUGUGGCGGUAGCAAUGGUAGCAUCAGGUGGAAAUUUUUGACAAAUAUGGAGCAGUGAACUGGAAUUUUUGGCAACGUGUUACUGCAAGGGCUGUCGGAAAAAAAUGUCUAAAUGAAUCAUCUCUCACUACAGCGUAAAAAGCUGCAUGAUUUCUCCAGCAUUUUUCCCCAGAGUUCUUCUAGGAGAUUCUACUUGAAAUUCCUUUAAAAGUUCGCUCUGCGAUUUUUUCAGGAGUUAUUUUAUGAAAUUACUAGAAAUUUUCAAUCUAGGAUUGUUGCAGGAACUCCUUUCAUAAUUCCAGCUGAGAUUCCUACUGAGUUUUCCAGGGAUUCAACCCGAAAUUUCCCCUUUUCUUUGGCAUUUCCGGAUGGAAUUCCUGGAAAAAACGAAAUCGCUUAAGGAGCUAUAGGAGGAAAACCGUUCCAUCUGGAAAUUCCAGGGAACGUCCUUGAAAAGCUGCUGGAAAAGUUCUUUAUGGAAUUGUUGAAGAAAUUCUUCAAGGAAUCCCAACAGGAACUUUAUAAGGAAGCCCAAGAACAAUUAUAUAAAAAGUUUCAUAAAUAAAUCCAGGUGGAAUUUCCUAAUAAACUUCUGGAUAAUUUACAUUAGAAACAUCUGGGAGAUUUCAAGAUUGAACUUCCAGAGGAAGUUCAUUAGAAACUCCUGGAGGAAUUCGAAAAAUAGUUCCUAGAUCAAUCUCGGAAGGAGUUCUAGGAGAUAUCCCGGCAGGAGUUCCCAAUGGAAUUCAGAAAGAAAUUCCUAGAGAAAUCCAGGAAGGAGUUGGUCGAGGAAUCUUCCCACAGAUGUCUCGGAAGCAUUUCCUUGAAAAACGCCGGGAGGAGUUCACGAAGAAAUCCAGAAGUCCAGAAGUCAUUCCUGGAGGGGGUUCUUGAAGGAAUCUUGACAAACUCACCACCGAAAAAUGAUACAUUAGCAUUAAGCGAGUCGCACAAAUUCGUAGACCGCAUUCUUCCUAUCGGUUACCGUAGCACAAAGAUUUGGGGCUAAUCUCUGACUCUUCGACACGAUUAAGUAAUCUCACGGGAUUUUUCAAUUUAGGAAACUAAUAAUUCGGAUACGAUAUCGCAAAAGGUUAUUUUUGGGGUUCCUCCAAAAAUGACCUCUAGAUAAUCAUGUACGGUCCUAUAGUUUUCAAUACAUCGAGAAACAUUUGUUGGGAUUAAUCAAAGAAUUCCUUAAUAUCCCUUUAAAGGUUCCUUCUGGACAUCCACAUGUUUCUUCUUGAAUUCCUUCAGUAGUUUCAACGGUUUCCUCUGUAGCUCCAUCGAUAGUUACUUCAAAAGUUUCUUAUGAGAUCCAUUCUGGAAUCUGUAAUAUUCCUGUCAAAGUUUAUUCUAGGAUUUCUUCAGGUAAUCUUACUGGAUUCUUCCAUGUAAUGGUCUUAUUUGGGAUUUCAAGAUUGAAUUUUAAUAAGAGCGAAAGCAACAUGAUCGAAUUUUCUUCAUCAAGUCUCUCUGCUUUAAAUUAAUGUGACAAGAUGCAAGUUCGAUUAUACUUUUCUAUGCUUGGGCGCAAAAUUGCAUCGCAUCCAAUAAGUUGUCUAUAUUUGCAUCUUCCCACUUUUAUUUGAACGAGAGAGGGUCGAUGAAGAGAAAUCGAUUGAUCAUGUUACUUUCGCCCUCAUUUAAACUCAAUCUAACUUUCUAACAACUGUCGAAGUGGUCAUAAAACACUAGCUGAAGAAGUAGAAUUUGUCUCAGUUGGGACGUUACACUAAGAAAAAUAAGUAAACCUAAAUGUUUUCUGCUGUUUUCGCAGAAGUUCUAUCAGUUCUAUCAACUUUCUGAUAGAAAGUUCCUCUUGGAGUUAAUUACAAGUUCCACGUGGAAUUCCUCCAUGAGUUUCAUCUGAAUUUUCUCCUAGAAUUCAUUUACCUACGCAUUCCUUCACGAGUUUUUUUGUGGAACACCAUUGGAAAAUUUUAUGGUUUUGUUUCAUAAGAGGGGCCCAGAUGCAAAAAGGUGUAACUGACCCUUUUGCUUGCCCUUUUGUCGAUUUUGAAUUGAACAUAUCAAAUAAUUCGUCAAACUUUCAACUUUUUUGAGAUUAUUUAAACUAUGAUUAAAAAAAUUACAAUAAAUUGGAGAAAAUAGGGCCGGUUUUGUAACUCCAUACAUUUUAUAUAGCAUAGCAUAGCAUGAAUACUUGCACAAAUCUUGGAUGGAGUUGCAAAGUUGAAUAUUUCCAUUGACAUUGCUGAUGUCGCUACUAUCUACAAUGUCAUAAACCCACUCAGCUCCACACACCUGGCCAAGUCCUUGCAAGCAUUUAUAAAUCCCUUCAUCAACUUAGAAAGAGCCCAGAACUGAAGCAGCUUAGAUGAAAGGAUGUUGAAAAUAGCGUAUUCUCAACUUAAAUGUAGUUAAAUAACAAAUGUAUAUAUAUUGAAGUAUAAUUAUUCAUAAAUAAAUAAUAUUGGAUAGAUCUCACCAAUUGUUGUGUGGUUAUUGUGGUCCAAUGCCGAUCAGCUACUGUGAUUAAUGUUCUUCACAUGGAGUUUUUCUGAUUUGUCUCAUUUUUUCUUCGAGUGAGAGGCAAUCUGUUUGACACAUGAGCAGCAACAGUAUGUUUUCACACGCAUAAUUAUCAUUAAUUUUCUUCAUUUGUUCCUUCUCGUAUAUUUCACUUCUACAUAUUUUUCAACAAAUAUCAUGGCAACAUUCGAAAUAGAAGAAAACUUCAUACAUGGCCCUAUUCAAGUACACAAAUGCACAGCUCUGCUGUUGUCACAACAGCAGAUUAUCCCCAACACUUUUAUCCAGCACUGUAUCUACCCUCCUCAACACACACCCACAUAGCUUAAAAAAAUCGGAAACGCUUUCUGGAAUUUCAGACCAGCGGGCACUUUACUGCUGGUUUCUUGUUGUUAUUGUAACUCCAUACAUUUUAUAUGGGAUGAAAAACUUUAAAACUUAUUCGAAAGUGGGUUUUUGUCACUUAUACCCCUUUGCUUCUAAACCCCUCAUAUGUAACCACUUUGAAAUUUUCAGAACUACUUGUAGGUUUUCUGCAAAUAGGUUCCUUCUGGGAUUGCUUUAGGUAACCUUGAACAAUUUCGUUCGCUUCUCUCUUAGAAUUCGAUGAGUUUCAUUGGAAUAGUUCCCUACCCCUGGGAAUUCUCCAAGGGCUCCCUCAUGAUUUCUCCAGGAGUCCCUUCUGGAUUUAACCUAGAUGUCUCUCUUCAAAUUCACACUGGAUUUCUACAGCGAUUUCUUCAGGAGUUCCACCGUGAUUUGGAAUUCCCGAAGCAAUUCAUUAACCCAAGAGAUAAUCUUAAAAUUUCUUUACAAAGAAUUAUCUAGAUUUUUUUUCCUAAAGUGAUGUUCUCAAGUAGUUUCUCCGGUCUUCAGAAGUUUAUACGGAUAAUCUUUAGUAUUUUUUUUCCUAAAUUUCUCCAGAUUUUCUUUCUGAAAUUUCUCCAGGGGUUUCUUCUUAAGUCUCCCGAGUUUUUCUUACGACUCCUGUAUAUGAUUUUCUGGUACUACACCAGUAGUUCCUUCUGGGAUUUUUCAGAGUUCUUUCUGACUUCUUCCCAGAAAAUCGAUUCGUCCAGGAGUUCAUUCUCCGUAGCUCCUUCAAGAUUUAACCUAGCUGUGUCCCUUCAAAUUCAAAUUCAUCCUGGAGUUGCUACUGGGAUUCGUUUAGGAGUUCCGCCAGGUAUUGGAAUUCCUGCUGGAAUUCAUUCAGGGUUUAACCCAAGAGUUCCUCUCGAAGUUCCUCUAGAUAUUGUUCCUUUUGAGAUUCAUCUGGAUGUUCUUUCUGAAACAAUGUUUUCGAAGAGUUUUUCCGGAGUUUUUUUUUUAAUAAGCUUCUACGGAAAAUUUUAUUUUUUUCUUAAAUUUUUCUUUAGAUUUAUUCUGCAAUUUCUUAAGGAAGUUCUUCUGGAAUUCCCUCAGAAAUUUUUGAGGUUUCUUCAAAAGAUUUUCUGGAAUUCCAUUAGGGAUAUCUUUUUGGAUGUUUUAGAGUUCCUUCUGAUAUGUUCCCAAACAAUCCUUCUGGGAACAUACCAGGAAUUCCUUUUGGGGUGUUUGCAGGAGUUUACUUUCUGGUACUGCAGCAGAAGUUCUAUUUGGAAUUCCUACAGGAAUUCCUUCAUUCUUCAAUUGUCCCUUUUGAGAUUUAUCUAGAUCUAAUAACAAAAUAACAUAAAGCGAUGCUCUUCUUUUCAUAAGUUUUUACGGACAAUCUUCAAUAUUUUUGUUCUAAAACUCCUCCAGAAAUUCCUUCUUAUAAAUGGUUGCAAGAGUUUCUUUUGCUGUCUCCCUAAAGUAUUUUCCUGGGAUUCCAUCAAAAGAUUAUCUGGUAUCCACCAUUCUCCACCAUUCCAGAUUCUCUUGAAAUUUUCCGUGAAAUUAUUGCUUUUGGAGCCCUAUUUUCUAAAGCGAUGUUCUCAAAGAGUUUCAUCGUGGAUUUUCCUAAAAGUUUUUACGGCAUAUCCUCAUUUUUUCCUGAAUUCCUCUUUAAUUUUAUUCUAAGAUUUCUCCAGAAGUUUUGCCAGAGAUUUCUUCAUCUGAUUUUCUGGUAUUCCAUUAGAAGUUCCUUCUGAGAUUUUUCAGAAUUCCUUCUGACCUCAUCCCAGAAAAUUCCGGGGUUUUGAUUCUGGGAUUGCAGCAGACGUUCUAUCUGGAAUUCCUGCAGGAAUUUCUUCUAUAAUUCAUUCAAGUAUUUGUUCUGGGAUUCCUCCC